GUGACCGCGGCGCCCCAGGAGUUUCUGGGUCAUCGAAAGAUAAUAAUACUGUAGCAGAGGUGUGGGAGUUACGUUUGAGGACACGGGAGUGUCCCCAGGAUUGGAGCUCAGGGCCCUGAGCCAUCUUAAUUUGUUCAUCCGCACGAACGUGUGCGGGCUUGGCACUCAAUUUCCCAAAAUCUGGGACCCUGAGUCCUGUCACAUGGUCACGGCCCGGUUGCCGCUGUCGCUGACGCUGCUGACGACGCUGACGUCGUGCCAGCGCCUACACAUGGCCUGGCGGUCGCAUGGCACGGACAAUGCCGACAUGGUGCGCCUACUGCGAGCCAACGGCGUGAUCGAGUCGGACCGCGUGGAACGCGUCAUGAGGCAGGUGGACCGGGGCAACUACUGUCCGCACAACCCGUACAGCGACCGGCCGCAGUCGAUCGGCUACGGGGUCACCAUCUCCGCCCCGCACAUGCACGCGUUCGCUCUGGAGAAUCUCUCGUCGCGCCUGAAGCCGGGCGCCUCGGCCCUGGACGUCGGGUCCGGCAGCGGCUACCUCACCGCCUGCAUGGCCCUCAUGGUGGGUGAGCCGGGCCGCGCCGUCGGCGUGGACCACAUCGAGGAGCUGGUCGAGCAGUCGCGGCGCAACAUCCAGAAGGACCAGCCGCACCUGCUGCCGGCCGAGCGCGUGCGGCUGGUGACAGGCGACGGUCGGCUCGGCUACAGCCCGCUGGCGCCUUACGACGCCAUCCACGUGGGCGCCGCCGCGCCUGUCCUGCCUGACGAGCUGGUGAGCCAGCUGAAGCCCGGCGGCCGGCUGCUGAUCCCUGUGGGCCGCGAGGGCGACCACCAGUACAUGGAGCAGGUGGACAAGGCGGCCGACGGCAGCAUCACCCGGUCCCGGCUGCUCGGCGUCGUCUACGUGCCGCUCACCGACAAGAGGAAACAGUGGCCCGGCAGGUGACCGAGCCGCUGCAGGGACGGCAGACGGAGCUGUGACCUGCUGUGACCCGAGUCGCCUGAGCCGGGGUGGCGCCGCCGCCGCCGCCGCCCCUGCCCACCGCUGUAACACGCGGGCGGCCGCCGAGCCGACGACGCCCCACGCUUGCCCGUGAUCCCGCC